AUGGUAAAUAAGACAAAUCUAGGAUCUUUCACAAUGUUGCCCAAAACAGCAGACUGGCACUUCUUGUAUGCUUUUGUCGCACUGAACGCAUCAAUCAGAGGAUGGAAAUAUUGUAUGCCUGCUGUCGUGGUUGAUGGGACUUCCCUUAAAUCAUCGUACGCGGGGACCAUAUUGUGUGCUACUGUACUCGAUGCAGCAGGUAAAAUCUUGCCACUAGCAUAUGCUAUUGUUGAUUAUGAAAACGAUGCUUCAUGGGAUUGGUUUUUUCGAAAGUUGAAACAGGCUUAUGGUGAAAGGGAAAACAUGUACAUAGUAUAUGAUCGGCAUGAUAGCAUUUUGAAGGCAACUUCAAAUGUAAAUCCAGAUGUGCCUCACUACAAUUGCAUCUACCACCUAUGGAACAACAUCAAACGUAGAUUCAAGAAGCACCACGAGCGAUUAAGACUCAUAUUCUUUGCAAUGGCAAAUGCAUACACGAGGGCAGAUUUUAAUCGCCUCAUGGAAGAUACGGACAACGUCGAUGAUAAGGUGAGGGGUUACCUGUACGAUAUUGGCUAUGAAAAAUGGUCCAUAGCUCAUUCCACAGUAAACAGAUCUAUGGUGACGACUUUAAAUAUAGCGAAGUCCCUAAAUUCGGCAACUAGACACGCAAGAGACCCGCCAAUCAAUAAUUUGCUAGAAUUCAUGAUGAAUUUGGUUAUGAGAUGGAACAAUGACAACAGAAAGGAUGCAAUAGCAACAUUUAGUGAAUUAGGGAACAAAUAUAACAUAAUAAUGAAGGAGAAUAUCAUUUUGUCGGAUAAAAUGACAGUAAUGACUUCAACUGAUUAUGUAUAUUCAGUGAUGGAUGCUGAAAAGAGCAACAUAGUGUGUAUGCGUGAAAAGAAGUGCAGUUGCCAACGAUUUCAAAUCGACUGGAUCUCUUGUCCACAUGCUAUGGCGACAUAUGAAAUGCCAGUGAAUUCAAUUCCUGAUGAGAGUGCAUAG